CUGUGUUAUCGGACCGUGUUGAGAUAAACAAAAGUAUUUUUAAAAGCGAUUUAAGUGUAGCAGAUUGUAUUUGUACUAGCCAUUCAUUGUGGAGUCGCGUAUCGGUGCACAUAACAGUGGUAAAAUGUCCUCAACUGCAAAGAAAUUGGUGUACACUAGGGACUCUGGUCGGUUAACAUUCGAGCAACGAUGUUUCUACGAGAAAAAUGGCUACAUCGUCUUUCCGCGUUUGGUGCCGUUGGACUUACUCGAACGGUGCAGUAAACGGUUCGACGACAUUGCGUCUGGUGUCGUUGACAAAGGAACUAUGACGGUAAUGAGAGAUGUUUCCGACCGGAAAGCUGUAAACAAAAUACAGGACAUCACUCACGAUGACGUGCUACGUCAAUACAUCGAAUACAAUCCGAUGCUGGAUGUGGUUGAGGCUGUCACGGGGCCGAACAUAGUGGCUGUUCACAGCAUGCUCAUAGCAAAGCCACCAGAUUCUGGAACGAACAGCAGCAAACAUCCACCACACCAAGAUUUGUACUAUUUUCCGUUUCGUCCGGCGGAUCGAAUCGUAGCAUCUUGGACUGCCAUUGAACCCUGUGAUAUUCUCAAUGGGUGCCUCUUUGUAUCCCCAGGAUCGCAUUUGGCGGAGAAAUUGUAUCCUCACGAUUACCCAACGGGUGCAAAUAACAAAUUCUACCACGGCAUACAUGAACUUCCCAGUGGAAUCAAAUGGGUAAAUCUGGAAAUGGAACCGGGCGACACAGUAUUUUUCCAUCCUCUGUUAGUGCACGGAUCCGGAGUUAACGUAUCGAAUCGUACACGAAAAGCGAUAUCGUGUCACUAUGCAGCUGGUGAUUGUAACUACAUUGAUGUGACUGGUACGGUUCAAGACGCAAUCGCUAAGGAAAUAAAGGAAAUAGCCAGCAAACGCUAUUCGAUUGACAACAUCGACUAUACCGACAUUUGGCGUUUCAGAUCGUCCUGUGUCCGUGGAAUACGAUCAAAUUUAUAAUUUAUCCAUUUCCAACAACAUUAAAUCAACUUCUGGGAGACAAUAUCAGAUGGCACCCUGUCACUUACCAGCUAAGCGAACGCCGCGCCAUCUCUUAUCGUUUCUUUGUUUACAAGCUUUGCAUGAUUGACGUUUUUCUGGUUCUAGUGAUUUCUUUUAUCAAAAUAAAAAAAAUGAAUUCCUAAUGUGCCA